UCAAUCUUUCUGUUUCCAUGUCAUAGAAAACAGAGAAGCUCCAGACGGAAGCUUCAGGACCAUAAAGCUCGGCUUCAGGUGGACUCGUCAUGAGCAGCGGGUUCAGACCUGCGUCCGUGAAGAGAUGGAGGCGCAGGUCCGAGCUCUGCUCCUGCUUCUAGUUUUAACCCCAUCUACUGCUGAGAAGAACCUGACAGGAACUGUGGGAGGAAGCAUCACUCUGCCUGAACCUGUGCUGGAUCUGGGAUUUUUUUUAUAUGGAACAAAGACUGUAGCCAUUGUGGUUGAUGGGAAAAUGAAGAUAACUGAGAAAAUGUCUGAGAACAAAGUUCUGUGGAGCGACAGAACUGGAUGCUUCACAAUAACAGACCUGCAGAGAAACGACUCAGGAAUUUAUACUGUUGACCUUAAAGGAAGUGGUGUCACAGCUUAUAAACUCAGCGUGUUUGACUCCGUCUCGGCUCCGACAGUGAACAGACUUGGCUCCGACAGCUGCGUCCUGCUGUGUGAGGUGGUCAACGCUGAGGAGACCACUCUGCUGUGGUACAAAGAUGACGAGGUGGUGAAGCAGAACAGCUCGGCUCCGUCUCUGUCGCUCACUGUACACGAGCAGGACUACAAAUCCUCCUACAGAUGUGUGGCUGCCAACCCCGCUGAACACAAGGCUGAACCAGUCAACGUGGAAGAGACCUGUGGACCCAACUACACAGGAAGGAACCAGGAGAAGCCGGAGGAUCGGAGUCGAGUCAUUGGCAUUGUUGUCUCCAUCUUGUCUGUGAUCAUCAUUGGAAUUGUUGGUAUCAUCAUUCAGAAACGUUUCCACAACCGCUUAGCAUUUCCAGCUAAGCGUUGUUACAGGUCCAGAGAACUCAAACAGACGUCCAGUACAAUGAUGUACAUUUCUAUGACGACACACGCGAUCAGAAAAAAUGUCCCAGAACCCUCAGGAAGUCACGACUGCACGCAGCUGACAACGGUCUAUUAUAACCUGGAGGUUCACCGCUUGGUCCAACAUUCAGACCCUGGUUAGAAGAACCAGUUCUCAACUAAAGUCAUCUCAGGAAACCAGAAUAGAAUAGAAUACCUUUAUUUGUGCCACAAUGGGGAAAAAGGCAUAAAUACAGAAUGGUUGGAGGAAAGAGGAAAAUGGUGUAAUCUUGUAGUGGAAAUCGUCCUGUAAAGAAAUUAACUGGAGACAACAACCUCUACCUCAAUGUCAUCAAAACAAAAGGGAUCAGAGUGGACUUCAGGAGCAGCAGAGUCAGACACACCUGCAUCCACAGUGGCAGUCCUGAGGUACAGUAGAGCAGGUCCACAGCUUUAAGCUCCUUGGCCUCCACAUCAGAGCAUUUGUCCUGGUCACUGCACACACACACCGUGGUCAGGACAGCUCGCCAGUGGUUGUACUUCCUGAGCAGAUUGAGGAGGUUCAGCAUGAACACCAGCAUCCUCACCAGCUUCUACAGGUGCAGCGCUGAGAGCCUGCUGACUGGCUGUAACAUGGUGGGUACGGGAACUGAGUCAGAACCCACUAGAGAGUGGUGCAGAACACAUGGGACGCAGUCUGCCCUCCAUCAGCGACAUCUGUCACAGAUGGUGCCUACAGUAUGAAAGGCCAGCAGCAUCGUUAAAGCCAUAGUGACCCAGCACAGACCGUUCCACUGCUACCAUCCAGUAGACGUUACAGCGGCCUGACUGGACACACUGACAGACAGUGUCUGCCACCAGGCUGUCAGGCUGCUUAACGCAUCACAUGUUAAUCAUAUGUUAGUAUUAAUAAGUAUAUUGACCACACCUGCAAACAUGUAAACAAAAGGACAUGUUCUUUUGAACAUGUCAUUUUGAACUUGACAUGAUUUUUAUUUAAUGCUUUUUUAUUGUAUUUAUUUUUAAGAGGGAGUUGGUCCGUGCAUUGUUGACUGAGCGUUAAUCUGCCUAUGACAAAUAAACCAUCCUGAAUCUGACCCUAAUCCCAUAGAAAACCUGUGGAGGGAGAUGAAGGUUCCCGUUGCCAAAUAUGAGCCCAAAACAUUAAUCACUUGAAGGAUCUGCAAAGAGGAGUGGGUCAAUGUCCUGAGAUGAGUCUCGUCUGACAUGUGGUUUUGCCUCCAAAAAUUAAAGCAUGUGUUGAAAAGAA